AUGACUUCACGCACCGAGGAAAAUUUUGGUCGUGCUGGCCAUUGGCAUGUAUGCGGUAUUACUCGAAACCCGUCUUCCGAUUUUGCCACCAAGUUAUUAAAUCAUGAAGCGGAAAUGAUGUCUGCCUCUCUCGACUCCGUGUCAGAGCUCAAGUCAGCUUUCUCAGAUGCAUUUGCUAUUUUCGCAGUCACCGACUUUUGGAGUGCAAUUUUGACCGAGCAGGUUACGAGUAGGGCCGGAACAGAUGGUUCCAAUCUCGCCAUUGCUACCCAGGUCCUAAAGGAGUCUUGGGGCAGGAACAUUGCAAUGACAGCGGCGGAAAUACCGACGUUGGAGCGCUUCAUUUUUAGCAACCUUCCACCUGUUUCUGAACUCAGUCAAGGAAACCUGAAGCACGUUCAACACUUUGACGGCAAAGCUAACAAUAUCUUGGUUGGAUUCUACAACUCCAACAUCCUACCCGACUCAUAUUUUGGUCCCAGCUUCAAUCCGGCCACAGGCAACAUCGAAUUCGAGGGGCCUGCGAGUGACGACAAUCUUGUACCGUUCGUCGACGCUUCGUCCAGCACCGGGAACUUCGUUAAGGCUUUGGUGCUUACUGAGCCUCUUGGCACGAUAUUGGCAGCCUACGACGAGAUGAAGUCGCUUAAAGAGUGCAUCGAGUUGCUGCGUAGGAAAACGGGUCAGGACUUUGUCUUCAUGCAAAGAACCGUCGAUGACAUGGCGGCCGAAUCGCCGCUAGGUCACGAGGCUCCUGAGAGCUGGGUUUGGCUUGCAGAAUAUGGUCUUUUUGGGGAGAAGAUAGGUGGAUGGAAAGAGUCUAUGACGUUCCCCGGAGAUCUGGGAGAAAAGAUGGAAGCGGGCAAAGUCGACGAAUGGCUUUCAGCUCACCACUGGAGCAAGGCCUUUCUGUCAGGUUAG